AUGAACCGCCUAUUUGGAGCCAAGAGCACCGCGCCCAAGCCCACGCUCAACAGCGCCAUCUCCAAUGUCGACACACGCAUAGAAAGUCUCGACGUCAAGCUCACCAAGCUCAAUGCUGAGCUGUCUACCUACCAGCAGAAGCUCGCCAAGAUGCGCGACGGCCCCGGCAAAACCGCCAUCAAGCAAAAAGCCCUCAAAGUCCUCCAGCAGCGAAAGCAAUACGAAGCGCAGCGCGACCAACUCCAGGCGCAAUCGUGGAACAUGGAACAGGCCGGAAUGAUGCAGGACAAUCUCAAGAACACAAUGACCACCAUCGACGCCAUGAAGACAACGACGAAAGAGCUACGGAAGCAAUACGGCAAGGUCAACAUCGAUAAGAUUGAUAAGCUGCAAGACGAAAUGGCGGACCUCAUGGAUAUGGGCAACGAUAUACAAGACGCCAUAAGCCGCAGCUACGACGUACCGGAAGACGUGGACGAGUCGGAGCUGGAUGCUGAGCUGGAAGCACUGGGUGACGAAGUCGACUUUGAGGGUAUCGGAGAGUCGUCAGGCGUGCCAAACUUCAUGUUAGACGACACUGCGCCGCCUCAGUUCAUCGACGAAGCGCCCAAUCCCGGUGGCAAGGUUAAGGAAGCCGCAGGCUGA